AUGACCGAGAGGAUACCAGAACCGUCGCAAGACGGCGUCGACACAGGCUCUGCGGCCCAUGAUCCAACAACGACGGCUGAGAUCGACAGCACAAUCAACCACCCUGGCAGUGUCAAGAUCAACGUGAAAGGCGCCUUCAUUGUAGACCAGACCUCGUCAUCGCCAACGGGCGCAAACUUCAACGGCUACGGCUCGCAGGACUACCACCAGACCAAGGACAUCAGACUGCCCAACCACACGGCGGUGGUGAGUCACAUUGCCAUCGAUAUCGGCGGCUCCCUCGCCAAGCUCGUCUAUUUCUCCCGCGAGGCGUUCUCCACAGAGCCUGGCGGGCGCCUCAACUUCAUGUCCUUCGAAACCGACCGUAUCGACGACUGCAUCGCCUUCAUGCGCCACCUGAAAGAGCAUCAGCAGACCCUCAACGGCUCCAAGCCCGGCCGGCUAACGGUCAUGGCCACAGGCGGCGGCGCAUAUAAAUAUUACGACAAGAUAAAGGACGCGCUGGGCGUCGACGUAAUACGCGAGGACGAGAUGGAAUGUUUGAUCAUAGGGUUGGACUUCUUCAUCACCGAGAUCCCGAGGGAGGUGUUCACGUACAGCGAGACGGACCCUAUGCACUUUGCGAGCCCGGAGGAGAAUAUAUAUCCAUACCUGCUGGUGAACAUAGGGUCUGGUGUGUCGAUGCUCAAGGUCUCCGGCCCCAGGAAAUAUGAGCGUGUAGGUGGCACGUCGCUGGGCGGCGGCACGCUCUGGGGGCUCCUAAGCCUCCUCACAGGCGCGCGAUCGUUCGAUGAGAUGCUGGACAACGCGGCACAUGGCGACAACUCGAACGUCGACAUGUUGGUUGGCGAUAUAUAUGGGAAAGGCACGGGCUACGGGAAGAUAGGGCUGAAGAACACCACCAUCGCCAGCUCGUUCGGCAAAGUCUUUCGCAUGAAGCGCGAGGCCGAAAAUGAGGCAGAGGACAUGGGCGGGCUGAGCAACGGGGACCGAGAUCACCACAUUUCACAAGAAGGCUCACAGGACGCGCAGUCAUCAGGCACCGCAGCAGUACCUGCCCCGACGCCAGCCGAGGCAUCCCGCUUCUCUUCCGCAGACGUCUCCCGGUCUCUCCUUUACGCCAUCUCCAACAACAUCGGCCAGCUCGCCUUCCUACAGAGCCAGGUUCACGGCUUAGCAGACAUCUACUUUGGUGGCAGUUUUAUCAGGGGCCACCCACAGACGAUGAACACGCUUUCAUAUGCCAUCAAGUUCUGGUCCAAGGGCGCCAAGCAGGCUUACUUCUUGAGACACGAGGGCUACUUGGGCUCUGUGGGCGCGUUCCUCAAACGGCAGCCGAGGAAUUGGGGACGCCGAGGAACGCCGAUGGAGUAUCCAGGGUCGACAUAGGCUGCGCCAUUCACAAAAGAAGAGCAGAUGGGAUUGUGCUCAUGCAUCCGCGAACCAGGCGUCGGAAUGAUUCAGAGCACACACACACACACAUAGAUUUCCGUCGAAUUUUCUGUCACAAGUGACAUUGGGCUGAAAAUUGUGCUACAUACUAGAUCCACGCAUCAUCUUGUCAUCAUACAUAUUAUAAUUAAACCAAAUCUUGAAUACUAUGCUUCUAGA